GAGACACGUGAUCAGUGACGCUGAUUGAGCCGCAGGGCGUUACGAGCUCCCUCCCCGCACUGAGCGGAUUAUCUUGGCUGGGGGGAAGGGGAGGAGGGAGAGUGACCGCAGACAGACCGGCUUGGUUGGGAGGGGAGAUCGGAGCAACAGCAGCAGCGGAGGAGACUGGACCCGAGACACACGCUCCCUGGGAGGAAUCUGGCUGCUGAUUUUCUGCUGACUUCCUUCCUUCUGGAACAACAAUCCAAGAGGAAAACCCAGUGACGAGAGGGACGCGCUGGGAGGAGGAAGAAGAGGGACACUGAGGAGAGAGUGGCUUAUACAGAACUAGGAGAGACACUAAAGCUGUAGAUCAAGACGUGGGGGUAUAUAUAUCUAUACAUCUAUAUCUAUAUACACAAGGACAGGUGGAGGGGAAAGUGAUACAGGACAUGCAGAAGAGAAAGUGGCAGUCAGAAUUGCACAUACAGAGGGCACAAGUGUGACAGAGUGAAGUGUAACACACGGGUUGGAGAAGAAACACAAGCAGGUCCCAUGAGUGGUGACAUGGAUAAGGGGCACAAGUAGGAGUGUAACGGACACAGAAGAGAAAGUGGCAUUUAGAACUUGGGAGAGCGCAGAAAGGAGACUGCACGGAUAUAAGUGAAGAAGAGCAGACGGUGUAUAAUGGCAGCUAAGGACUACGACCAUCUCUUUAAACUGCUUCUCAUUGGGGACUCGGGUGUUGGAAAAAGCAGUCUCUUGCUCAGAUUCUCAGAUAACUCCUUCUCCGGAAGUUACAUCACAACCAUUGGGGUCGACUUCAAGAUCCGGACUCUGGUUCUGGAUGGAGAACGAGUGAAGCUGCAGAUCUGGGACACGGCCGGACAGGAGAGAUUCAGGACAAUCACCUCCACGUAUUACAGGAACACUCACGGUGUAAUUGUAGUUUAUGAUGUCACCAGCCCCGAAUCGUUUGUUAAUGUGAAGCGAUGGCUGCAUGAGAUCACCCAGAAUUGUGACUCUGUCUGCACCGUACUGGUCGGUAAUAAAGACGACGAUCCAUCCCGGAAACGUGUGGAAUCCACAGACGCCAAGAGGUUUGCUGAUCAGAUGGGAGUCCGAAUGUUCGAGACGAGUGCAAAAGAGAACCGUAACGUGGAGGAGAUGUUCCUUUCUGUGACCCGUAUGGUCUUGCGCAUGAAGAGAGACAACCAGGCCAGGCUGAAUCCCAGCGAGGUGGUCUCCAUCACCAAGACGAAGAAGAAACCACAUGUCAAGAGAUGCUGCUGACUCCGCCCCUUGGAUGUGUUGGGGGGCCUUCUACAAAAAUUAACUGGAAAUGGACUAUGGGAGUUUGGUCGGGGGGGGGAUGGGGCGACUAGCAGGAAGGGCUGCUGUGCCUGCUGGACCGUACCACUGCUUGGGGGGAUACAUGAUAGCAGAAAGGAGUGUUACGUUGUUUGGAGGCUCAGUCACAUGGCUGUGAGCCUUGAUGUGUGUUCUAGCAGCCAUAGCCUGGGACUACUGUACUCGAUGGACAUAUAGUGGCAGCUGUACCGUAUCAGACCUGGAAUAACUGGAGUGUGCCGUAACACUGGGUGGAGGUUAAGGGAAAAGCCAUAGGGGUGGGCCAACCACUAAACUGGCAACUCAGUGCCGUAGAGCAAAAGGAUCAUCCACUAUGGCGACCUUGCAGUUCCCACAUUUAGGGGUGUAAAGGGAAUCCAUAGGCACAUGUCCAUGUACUGGCCAAAGGAUGGACCAGACAUCAACGAGAUGGGGGGGGGAUAUAAAUUAAGGAGACCACAGGACCACUAGGAGGUGCCACAGUGCAGGGUGAAAGUACAGGAAGAGUAGUCAAUGUGAGAAGAGGGGCAGGGUAGUUCAAGUGCAGUAGUUGCAGAUAAAACCACUGAAUCAUUUGCCCCACAGUGUCAUUUAGGUAUGUUUAAUAACUGACAACGGCAGCCAUCUUUAAUGCAUUCCCUCUCUCCAUCUUAUAAAAGCCUCUCACUACUGUAUAUCUAUAUAUUUAUGUAUUACCUUUCUCCUGAGCUGUACAUGAAUUUAAAGCUUAUUUUUGCAUUUAACUGGAUAUUAACUCGGAGAUUAUAAACAGGACCUUUUUCUACA